CGCCUACACAGAGCCCUAUAAGGUCUGUCCCAUCUCGGCGGCAGCCCCCAAAGAGGACCUGUCAUCGGAUGAAGAGCAGGGAAGCUCGGAGGAGGAGGACGGUACUCCAAGAGACCCCAGCCUCACCCAUAAGGUGGAAGGACAGUCCAGAGCCCAUGUCAUUGCACAGGAAUUGCUGUCUUCAGAGAAAGCAUACGUGGAGAUGCUUCAGCACUUACAUCUGGAUUUCCACGGAGCUGUCAUGAGGGCCUUGGAUGAAAUAGACCAAGAGAACAAGGACACAUUGGCCAGGGAGGAGCUGAGGCACGGCCUGAGUGAACUCCCAGCCAUCCGAGACCUUCACCAGGGGAUCCUGGAGGAGCUCAGGGAGAGGCUGUUGCACUGGGAGGACCAGCAGCAGGUGGCCGAUGUCUUCCUGGCCCGGGAGCAGGAGUUUGACCACCAUGCCGCCCACAUCUUGCAGUUCGACAGGUGUCUGAGUCUACUCAGUGAGAACUGCCUGCACUCCCCCCGGCUGGCAGCUGCUGUCCGUGAGUUUGAGCAGAGUCAGCAAGGAGGUGGCCCGAGCGUGAAGCACCGGCUGCUGCGGGUGGUUCAGCGCCUCUUCCAGUACCAAGUGCUCCUCACAGACUAUUUAAACAACCUUUGUCCGGACUCAGCUGAGUACGAUAACACGCAGGGUGCACUUACCCUCAUCUCCAAAAUCACAGACCGUGCCAAUGACAGCAUGGAGCAAGGGGAAAACCUGCAGAAGCUGGUCCACAUUGAGCACAGCGUUCGAGGCCAAGGGGAUCUCCUCCAGCCAGGAAGGGAGUUUCUGAAGGAGGGGACACUGAUGAAAGUGACAGGGAAAAGCAGACGCCCCCGGCACCUGUUCCUGAUGAGCGAUGUGCUCCUAUACACAUAUCCCCAGAAAGAUGGGAAGUACCGGCUGAAGAACACAUUGUCAGUGGCCAGCAUGAAGGUCAGUCGCCCCGUGAUGGAGAAAGUGCCCUAUGCCCUAAAGAUCGAGACUUCCCAGUUCUGCCUCACUCUCUCUGCCAGCUCCUGUGCUGAGCGAGACGAAUGGCACAGCUGUCUGAGCAGAGCCCUCCCUGAGGAUUACAAGGCCCAGGCCCUGGCUGCCUUUCACCACAGCGUGGAGAUACGGGAAAGGCUGGGGGUCAGCUUGGGGGAGAGGCCCCCCACCCUGGUGCCUGUCACACAUGUUAUGAUGUGCAUGAACUGUGGCUGUGACUUCUCCCUCACCCUGAGGCGUCAUCACUGCCACGCCUGUGGCAAGAUUGUGUGCCGGAACUGUUCGAGAAACAAGUACCCCUUGAAGUACCUCAAGGACCGGAUGGCCAAGGUCUGUGAUGGCUGCUAUGGGGAGCUGAAGAAGAGGGGCGGGGAUGUCCCAGGCAUGAUGAGAGAGCGGCCCGUGAGCAUGAGCUUUCCCCUGUCCUCCCCCCGCUUCUCGAGCAGUGCCUUUUCGUCCGUCUUCCACAGCAUCAACCCCUCGACCUUCAGGAAGCAGAAGAAAGUUCCUUCAGCCCUGACCGAGGUGGCUGCCUCCGGAGAGGGCUCUGCCAUCAGUGGCUAUCUCAGCCGGUGCAAGAAAGGCAAGAGGCACUGGAAGAAGCUCUGGUUCGUCAUCAAAGGCAAGGUGCUCUACACCUACAUGGCCAGUGAGGACACGGUGGCCAUGGAGAGUAUGCCCCUGCUUGGUUUCACCAUUGCCCCAGAAAAGGAAGAGGGCAGCAGUGAAGUAGGACCUAUUUUUCAUCUCUACCACAAGAAAACCCUAUUUUAUAGCUUCAAAGCAGAGGAUACCAAUUCAGCUCAGAGGUGGAUCGAGGCCAUGGAAGAUGCAAGUGUGUUAUAGCAGUUACCAAGCACGUGGACUCAGAAUAAACUCUUAGGUUGAUAUGCGGAUCCUUCCAGAAGCCAAUCUGUGUCUCCACUUGUUGGGGCUCACAUCUGGAUUCAGCAUGGGGCCUAAUCCUUUUUUUGCCGUAACCCCCUCUCCCCUUCACAAGUGGAACCCUUAAGGAAUAUUUAUGAACCGCUCCUUUUCUGUUCUCGUGUCUUCCACACACCGGAUGCCACCCCAGCCCAGCAUAAACUAUUUCCCUAGUCAGUAGUGAGUUCAAGUCUAGUAACAUGAAGACAUGGAAACAGUAGAGAAAGUACUGUGCAGUACUUAGAAAUGCAGGCUUUUUAGUGGAAACAAGCUUUUACAAUUUUUACUGGUGGUAAACAUUAUCACUUCUCAUAGCAUUGGUGUCAGUGCCUCAGGUGAAAUGAGAAACAAUUGGUAAAUAACAGCUACCCUCUUCGAAAGCACUUUAUUGUUCUACUGAGCUACAGACUCCAGUUUUAUGUUUUCCAAGUGAUUUACUUAAGUAAGUAGCAGAUGGAGCCCCAUGGACUAAUUUGCCACCAGUUCUCAACAAGAGGGUACGUACAAGUGAUUUGUGCAAACCCGGCUGGGCCUUGCCAAGUGGGCUGGCGAGUGGCAUGUGGGGGUGGGGGUUGGGUGGUGGCAUCCUCCUCGCUGCAGAGGCCACACUGCACUGGAUAAGAAGGCAGGCUCUCCUCCUCCACUUGAUCAUACGACCUGUAUGCUGACAGGACUUACUAAAGGAAGGACCUCUCUUUCCUGGGUGGUCCUCACACUACCCGUGCUGGAAGCUCAACUGCGGGCAGACCCAGCCCCGACCCUGCAGGUCACCACAAACCCUCUGAAGAGACAGGGUCUGCUUUAGUUUAUUGUGUGCUUUCCUGUGUCUACCCAACAUGAGCUGACAGUGUUAUGUUUGUAAGAACCCGUGCUGGCUUUCACCACGGCUAUCCUCCGGCUGUCCUCCGGCUGUACUGCCAAAGCCUUGAAAGAGAUAGGAAGAGAGACAAGAUACAGUCACAAGGUGAAUUAAUGGACUUGACUAGUGGCUCUGGACACAGCAAGGGAGCACACAAGUAGUGGCUUGAAGAGACUCUCUGGGCACUUGGGGCUCAGCCACCUCCCGCUGAUGACCACUGCGCGUUAUGUUGGACAAAUUUCUACAUAAAGCAGAACAGGGGCAGGGCAGGUGGGAUUCCUUGUUACUCUCAUCAAAAUAGAAAACAGUCAUAUCAUUUUCUGAUGUCCUGUCCCCAUCCUCCUGCUGCCCUGUUCCCUAAACAAAAAAGCAUUUGCUGACAAACCUUUUGUAAAAAGCACCAUCUCAAGGAGUUAUUUACAUUAAAUA